GCAGAAAACAGAUUCAACCACUCAGCUGAAUUCAAAGGAGAAAAAAAGCUGUAGACCUACAAGAAAGGUCUUGUUCAGAUCAAUCCUUCUCCCUCAUUUUCUUGGUCUCUGAUCUGUUCCAUAAAUCAGCCACAAUGUCACACAAAACACCUCCCGCCCCGUCUUCACCUCCCACGAGCGGGCAAUGGCCAAGUCCGCAUGGACCGCCUCCUCCGCCCGUCUGAGCCGUGACUCGUUCCUCCCUUUCGGCUCGUGCUCGCUGUGCCUGGGUCAAGCCGUCGACCCCGUCGCCUGCGCCCUGGGCCACAUCUUCUGCCGCGAGUGUGCCCUGAGCAACAUCCUGGCGCAGAAGAAGGAGAUCAAGCGCUCCGAGAAGGCGCGCGAGGCAGAGGAGAAGGAGGCUGCUGAGGCCAGGGCGCGGAGCGACGAGGAGGCCCGGGCGAGGGCGGUGCGGGAGUUUGAGCUUGUGCAGGCUGGCUUCGACGUUAGUGGUGGCAGUGGGAGGAGGACGGAGGAGCCUACAGCUACCACAGAGGACGUGGACGGCGAGGCGCGAAGGGGUGCGAAGCGCAAGUUUGCGCUAGACGAGGACGAGGUCGCGCGGUAUGCUGAGGAUGACCGUGCAAAAGCACGGAGGGCCAUCGAGGAUGAGAAGAACUCGAAACCGUCCCUGCCGUCCUUCUGGGUACCCUCAGUAGUGCCGACCUCCAACACAAAGGACAAGCUGCACGAGGUCAAAAAGAAGGUCAAGACAACGCCCAUAUGUCCGUCAUCGCAGGAGAACAGCCCUCAUCCGUACUCGCUGCACAUGCUGGUGACCAUCAACUUCGCCGAGGAGGACGAGGAGUCCAAGGACGCCAAAGCCAAGACGAGGAUAUGUCCCAGCUGCAAGAAGGCCCUGACAAACUCCUCCAGAGCCAUGCUUGCCAAACCUUGCGGGCAUGUGCUCUGCAAGGCCUGCGCGGCUCAGUUCAUGAAGCCGUCGGGUAGUGUGGACCCGCACGCUCACCCUGACGACGCGGACGGCCCGGAUACGGUACGGUGCUACACGUGCGAUGAAGAUGUCACGGAGCGGGCGCCGAAGAAGAGCAGUCACAAAAAAGACAAGGAGAGGAUACGACCGGGCAUCGUUGAGUUGAAGAGUGAUGGCACAGGCUUCUCUGCUGGCGGAGUGAACGAGGUAAAGAAGUCGGGGACAGCCUUCCAGUGCUGAUAGUAGAAGAGAAAUCGACCGUCAUCUUAGCCCCUCCAUCCUGCCGCAGGGUAAUCAUACUUCUUUAAUUGCC